AAGUGCGCCAUCAUAAUAAAGAAGGAUCCAUGACUGUCUUCCUUCUUUUGGUCUUUGUGUUCUUUGAUCUUACCCCAAGUCGCGUCCCCUAGCUCGUCGUCAUGCGCUUAGAAUCAUUGGUUCCCUCAAUUCCUACAGAACUAGUAGCAGCACUUGACGAUUCAUGUGGCAUCCGAACGGACACCGAUCUCCUCUUCUUUGGUUCCAGCUUGGACAUCAUCAAGAAAUUACCACUCGGGACUGUAACACUUUCGGACCUGCAAAAGUUCACCGAACUGGUAGCAGAACAGGCAUCAGCCCCUGGACAUCGGGGAGACGAGGUUCUUGUUGACCUAGGGCGGAUAUCUGAGAAACAUUCUCAAGCUAGCUGUGGUGUGAAGGAACUAGAUGACCUUGUUGGUGGCUUCGGCGGCUCUCGAGUUUUUGAAAUAUCUGGUGAUAAAGGAUCAGGUAAAACGGCACUUGCGCUGCAGGUAGUGAUACAGCGUCUUGUCGCUGAUGCAGAUUCGUGUGCAUUAUGGAUUGAUACAUCCGGUGACUUCUCCGCAGAGAAGACUGCUCAGUUAGUGCGACAUGUUGACAUGGCGACAUCCGACAAAGUGCUAGAGAGACUGCAGGUAUCCUUGGGUUUCAAUAUCGAGGCUGUGUACGAUGUCCUUGAAUCACUGCGUAUUUCGCUUUCGAGCUCUUGUAUUGUUGGACCGACAGUUCAAUGUAUCGUUCUUGACUCCAUAACCCCACUUCUGCUACCUUCCUUAAGCGCGGUAUCUUCUCAAGGACAUGCCAUGAUGACCACGUUUAUGCGUCAAUUGCGGGAGUUUGCUCAGACUUUCAGGAUAACUAUCAUCGUGAUCAACGGAACAUCAGCAGCUGCACCAUUCAAUCCACGUUCCGCAUUUGCAUCGACGAUCAGAAAACCUGCUUUGGGCCCUUCAUUUACAUUUAUGACAGAUUGUACCCUCUGGUUGUGGAAGAUGAAAGAUGCACCUGAUUCUGAGGGCCCGUUCUCAGUACACGUUGCAGAAGUAUUCCGUUCAAGGACAACAAGAUCAAAGACCUGGUGUACCUUCAAAAUUAGCCAUGGCGUCUUAUCCUCGGCGUUGGAUUUGCAGCUGUCCCCUCCCACAGGUCCAUAAUAUGCAAAAUAUACUUAUUCAAGUUUGACUCAGUGGUCGCGCUCGACCGCCGACAGACGAAAUCUAUUUUGAACUGCAGAAG